AUGAAUAACAUAUCAGAAAAAUCUAAAGCAGGCAUGGGUCUUAAAAAAGGGACGUCGAUAAAGAAAUCUGUCACCUGGGGAGACGUCGACGAUGGUGAUUCCAAGAAUUUAGCGACUGGUGCGGAACCAACGUCGCCAACUUUGAAAUCAAAAUUACAUCUGGCCACACCAAUGAUCCAGUUCAAAUUCUACAAUAUUCCUUUCCAAAGUUUGGGAAUCAUCUAUUAUUUAUUAUACGUUGACUAUCAGCUGUUGAUAAAAUAUGAUACUAUCAACUUUACUCUUCUCAAGGCGUUACCAUUGACCUAUUUCGGCCAGUUGUUAUGGUUGUCGACUUUCAGUGUCGCCGUUCCGAUAAGCGAAAAGAAAAGAAGUACCACCACCACCACCACCACGACGGCCACAAGAACUAAAAGAUUGGAUCUUAGCCCUUCGCUCGUUUUUGCUGCCACUUUGGCCGCGCUUCUAUCGUCGGUGGUAAUAUAUGCGGUCGCGGUGCUACUAGGGUCACCGAUUCUUGCAUUUCAAAGCCAGACAUUAUUGUUUUCUUUGCACCUUUCAAUGCUUGUGACUUUCCCAUUAAUCAUGGUGUAUCAGUUCAAUUCUAACCAUUGGUGCAAUCUCAUUGUGGAAUUAUCUAAUUGGAAGUUCCUUUUGAAAAACUCUGUCUACUUGGUGGCUUUGGCUAGUGCCUUGGGUGGUUGGGCAGGUGUUUUGACUAUACCUUUAGAUUGGGAUAGAGAUUGGCAGAUGUACCCAAUUAGUUUGGUGAUCGGUGCCUACCUUGGUAGUUUAGUCGGUGGAGUUUUAUGUUUUAUCGGCUCUUUUGUGCCUGUUUAA